GUGCUCUGAGCUGGGGAACAAAGUGAUGUUCGGUCACAGCUUGGACUCAGCUAUCCUGGAGGUCUUUUCCGACCUGAUUGCGUUAUUCUUCCCCCGGUGACGAGUGGUUUUCACCCGGCUCCUGCCGCAAGUGGCAUUCCGGCCACUGGCACGUCUUUGGCAGUGCUUUUGGGAAGUUGUUGCUGCUUUUCUGUUCAUUCUGGGUGGAGAAGCAGCCUUGUUCGUGCAUUGCCAUGGAUGACUGCUGCUUUCCUGUGCUUCCCUAGCUGCUGAAGCCACCAGGAUUCAGUGAUGGAGGCUUUACUGGAAGGAAUGCAGAGAAAUGAGCAGGGGAGUGGCGGGUUCCUGACCUCCUGUGAGGCCGAGCUGCAGGAGCUGAUGAAGCAGAUCGACAUCAUGGUGGCUCACAAGAAGUCUGAGUGGGAAGGGCAGACGCAGGCUUUGGAAGCUUGUCUGAGUGCUCGGGAGCAGGAGCUUUCCUCUGCCAGGGCUGCUCUACAGGAGAAACAGAAGGAGGUUGGUGUGUUGCGGCGCCAGGUCGAAGAGGUGGAAAAAUCCAAGCAGGCCAUGGUUAGAGAGUAUGAACAACAGCUGAAGGCGUUCCAAGAGGAGUUGUCCCGGCUGAGGAGGAGCUAUGAGAAGCUGCAGAAGAAAAAAGCAAGGGGAGGCAGAGGAGAUGCUAACAAGGGACAAGGAGAAGAUGAGUUUGAAUUGAGCAGACUGACCAGGAAGCUGGAGGAGUUCCGACAGAAAUCACUCGAGUGGGAGAAGCAGCGCCUGCGGUACCAGCAGCAGGUUGCAUCGCUGGAGGCUCAGCGCAAGGCCUUGGCAGAGCACUCCGAGCUCGUGCAGACCCAGCUUGCCAAUCGGAAGCAGAUCCUGGACUCGGUGGAGCUGGCCAGCCACUCGGAAAUCCAGCACUUAACCAGCAAGCUGGAGAGGGCCAAUGACACCAUCAGCGCCAAUCAGCUGGAGGUGGAGAGGCUAAACAUGAGAGUGGAUGACCUGAGCAAGAACAACCACCAGAUUCUGGCAGAUCAGCAAAGAGUGCAAGAGGAAUUGAGGCAGUCCAAGAAAAUGGUAGAGGUGCUGCAGGAUGAGAAGAGGGAACUGAAAACCACCUUGCAGUCUCAGGAAGAUUUCAUUGACAGCUCCAAGCUGCAGCAGGAACAGUUACAGAAAGAGCUGGCCAGGAUGACUGAAACUCUUCACACAAAGGAAUUCCUCAUCAGGGCCCUGGAGGAACGCUUGCAAGGGCAGCAGUUGCCUUCUCCGGAGCUGGAGCACUUGCUGCUGCAGCUGGAUGUUGCCCAGAAGAAAGAACAGCACUUGCAUUCGGAGGUGACUCGUCUUGAGAACAGCCUGGUGUCUUCAAAUGCGAGGUGUGUGCAGCUGAGGGAGGAACUGGGUGAGAAUAUCAAAGAACUGCAGUCCAUGGUAGACCACCAGACUGAGUCAAAGGCAGAGAUUAAAAAGCUCAGAGAGCAGCUCUCUCAUGCUGAACAGACCCACAGCAGUGAGCUGGAAGGGAUGAAAAGGGAGAUCUCCAGGCUGACACAGGAGCUGCACCAGCGGGACAUCACCAUCGCAUCGGCAAGCGGCUCCACAUCAGACCUGGAACAGCGGCUGAGGGCAGAGGUUGAAAGAGCAGAGAGGAACGCAGUGGAGCACAGGGUAGUUCUGGUCCAGCUGGAAACCUUGAGGCUGGAAAACCGUCAUCUCUCAGAGAAGCUGGAAAAAACCAAGUGUGGUAUGCUGGAGGGAAAAGAUGUGACCCUGAAAGCACUGAAGGAGGAUUGUGCUGUGGAGCUGCACAGGCUCAAGUCUGAGAACCAGCAGCUGCGGAAGGACCUUGCAGAGGCCCGGGCGAAGCUGGAGGUCAGCGCAUGGCUCAGCCCAGGUGAACCCCAGGGCACAGCCCAGCAGGAGCCAGGCAAAGAGCCCCAGGCCAGGGGUGUGCAGCACAGGACAGUUCAGGGAGCACAGCACAUGCACGAUGAACAAGCAGCCAGGAUACAUCUCCAGCCUGAUGGGACUGCUCAGCAUCAUCACAGGGAGCCCCAGAGAUGUGGGGCUGCUGAAACGGGACCUAUGUCCCCCGAGGUGGGUGAGUCACCCUCCCAGACCAGCAUGGAGAACUGCCAGGAGUCACCUGCCUUGCUGGGAGUGGAGCCUUCUCUCCAUGUGGUGGAUGGAAACAAAGAUUUUGCAGAUGAAGCAUCCAAGCAGCCUGUCUCAAAUCAUCAAAGAGAAUCUGUGCCUUUGUGCCCCUUGCCUACAGGUUCUGUUGGAUCAAUAGCUGCAAGAUACCUGGAAGAGGAAGAAGUGAGAUCCCAGCACAUCCUGGAAUGUCUGAAUGCUCACAUUGAGGAACUGAAAAAAGAGAGUGCAAAGAUAGUGAGACGGUUUGAACAGCAGGAGUGAUGUUUCUUGUGGAAUUGGAAUGCUGGAAUAUGUGAUUCCAAACUGUGACUGAGGUGGUGCCUAUAAACCACUUGCCAUCAGAAUCUCUGAGAGGCCAUGUCUCCCACUUGGAGCUGAAUCAGCAGGAUGGGAGCUGAGGGAGAGGAGCUCCUCUCUAACGUGUUUGUUCUGGUGAAAGAUAUUACACCACAAACAUUUUAGUUAGCUUGGUAGGUCAGAGACCUGCACCAGAGCUCACAAAGACUUUGGUGUUUUUAAAAAGCAAACCACUUGCUAAUUUUUAUGUAAAGUAUUUAAAGUAUAUUUUGUACAUGUAAAAGCUUUGAAAUAAACCAGAAU